GCGUUCGCUCGUGGCAGUCUUCAGUGUGCGACAGUCCGGUGCGGUCGGUUUUAACGGAGUUCGUACGGUUGAAGGUUCAGCCUAGGAAAGCCAGCUUGGAGAAACAAGCGCUAGUUAAGUGGUAUAUAAGAGUGUGUUUACGGCUCAGUGUACCGUGAUAGCCGCGUGCUGUAUGUUGUGAGUCCGUCAGGAUCAACGCUGGCUGGCAUUGACGAUACGAUAUAGUGCCGCUCGUUGUCUGUUUGUCUAAAUCGAACGAGUUUUUCCAGCAGUGGCCUGAAGCCAACGAGCGCAGCAGAGGGUGUUUUUUGUUCUCUCUCUAUCUUGCUGCCCACGAGUGAAGACUACGGUCUAAGGGGAGGGAAUAAUAAUUGUAGUGUAGCGAACCAAUUUUUCGAAGAAACAGAGUGAAGUGCAGAGUGUGCCAUAAGCCUGUAGGUCUCGAUUCUACUAGCGGAUUCUUUGUGAAAAACGGUUUUAUCGUAUACAGGGGAAUGAAUCUAUUGAUGCUGAAACCUUUCUAUUCUGCAACAGAGGAGUUGUUUGAACACGUUCCGGGAUCAAGAAUGGCGAUGUUGUGAAAAGAUUGCUCUUGACGUUUGCUGGUAUCUGAUAGUAAAAUUAUAAAAUUACUGUAAACAAUUGAAACUUUCGUGUUUCCGAUGCCAGAAUAGCGCUCGACUUGUAGCGUUAACCGGUGGAACGGUUCCGGAAGCUACGCGGAUAAUUCACUUUGCGUCUAAGAGUGUGCUUACGAUGUUGAUACGUAUACGUAUAUUCUGACUACGUUACGCUGCUCCUUUCACCGUUAUAUAGCGUGGCUCUUUUUGGUACGCGCCCACAAAGGCCACAGUGGAUAAGUGUAUGAAAACUGAGUGCUAGAUUAUUUCUGCCUUGCUGUAGGAAUACAAAAAUGUUUGUUAUUACGUGGCGCGUGCACUGUGUUUACAAUCUAGUGAAAUCGCAAUAAAGAGAAUUUAAUACUUCACCUGGAGGAAACCAUUAGAUGCGACUAAGAAAGUUUAUAAUAACGGUGUGCACAGUUUUGUUUAUCGGAGGUGGAAGAAUAUGAUCCAUUAAAUCAAACCCUCUAGCUUGAGAACCGUGAAGUGAACGAAAUCAAGUAACGAAAUGGAACACUCAGCGAAUCCUUGCAUAAGCACCAUGUGGUUGUACACUUUCUUCAGCUUAGCGUUCAGCAGAAUACUGGAUGUAACUGCCUUCUCCAUCAACACAGAUAAUCAGAUAUUCGGCCAACACAUAGACUUAAUAUACGGUAGCUGUACGGUGGGAAACACGACAUACUUCCACGGUGAGACGUUUAAAUUGGAUUGCCGAACACAAUGCGUUUGUCAGAACGGAAGACACGCAUGUUCGACCCUUUGUCCACACGAGAACCUGCCGCCACCCAACGAUACAGCCAUUUGCGUGGGGCCCCGGCUGGUGGAGCUGCCGGAUCAUUGCUGCCGGGUGUGGCUUUGCGAGCAGCCAGCCACCGACGUUAACGCAACCUGUUACAAUUCAUCCACAACGGUGUGGUCGUCAUGUUCGCAAAGCUGCGGCAUCGGAAUCUCCACUAGAAACAUUACCACAACACCCGGCUGCCAGAGGUUAAGCACCGUGCGGCUGUGUGAAAACCAUAAAUGCAACCGGCAGGACAAUAUCUACUACAACAUUGCUGUCGAGGAUGCGUACGGUGACGCUGAGAGGACGGCUGAUGGUAGAAGCUCGAAACAUCAACAAAAGCGCUAUCGUGCGGCCAACAGUUUGUUGUUGGUGGGCGAACCGGAACAUCGUAGGCGGAAAGGACACGAGUGUCGAAGCAUCCAGCGCACUUCUUCCUCGCGACUGCGGCUGGGGCCUUGCGUUUCCCGGAAACUGUAUCGGCCGAAAACUUGCGGCCACUGUCAGGAUCUAAGCAUGUGUUGUGUGCCUUCAAUUACCACAACUAUCAAAGUUGAACUUCUGUGCCCGCUGAACUCGGGUGAUCCGUUCGAAUUCAUCGAGCACGGGUACGACCUAUGGGACAGCGCCACAAUCGACCCACUGGACCAGGAGAUGCUGCAGUCGCGGCAAAUUCAAAUCGAGAACAAGUUCAUCGAUGUCCAAUGGGUACUGAAAUGUGAAUGCGGACCGAAAAGCAAAAAUUGUCAUCCCCGAAAAAACUCCGAGCCGGCAAUCAGCAGGAUUAGCCGAACGAACGGCGACAUUGAGGGCACCGUUUCCGGCAGAUCGUCAGCGGUUGCCUCGGAAAGUAUACCGUCGCACCCGAGCAAACACCGUCAGCACCACCAGCGCCGGCGACAGCGAAAAAACCAUCACCGUCAGGAGGGUAGAGACGAUGGCGGUGCUCCUGACGGAAGUGCUGAACUUCUGAAGCGGGUUCAUCGGACAUAAUAAAUUGAUCUCCUUUUGAUGGUGUAUAUUUUGUUCAUUCACGUUUAAACCGUACCGGAGCACGUUUGCUCCGUUGCUCGCUGGCUGUUCGGAAUGAAUGUUGGUCCCCUCAGAAUGAAUGGAACUAGGAAUGUUUGUGAUACAUCCGGUUCUGCCACUACCGACAAAGCUCUUAAUGGUCGCAUAGGAGCGGUAUUGCUGCAGGGGUGUUCUAAAUUGCAUUAAAAGUAUAUUCUGUACUAUAAAACUUUUCCUCCAAACUCAUCGUAUUUUCUAAUUUUCUGAUCGGAGUCUUCAUGGUUGCAACGAGAGGAACAUCCCAGCAGCGGUGACCACUUGGUAAAUUGUGCAGACCGUGUCGCUCGGUCGUCCGGUAGGAUGUUAGAGGAAAUAACAUUUGAAUACGGCAAUCGAGCCAAUCCAUCCGGUGUUGUUUGAGCAGAAUAUAGACAAAUUUUAAUUUAAUUUUCCAAAGCAAAAUCGAGAAUGUCAAGCGAAACGAAAAACACAUCACUAAAGUGACUUAUAUACAUACAUACAAAAGCGUACAUAUUCAAAGAUUGUGUCCGUGAUACGGUUUAAAAAAAACUGAAUUGUUUGAGCCGAAAUAAGUUACAGAAUAUUGUGGCUAGACUUGAAUGACGAGAAUAUGUUUCUAGCUAAAGGUUUCGGCUCACAAUCGUUGUAGUGUGUGAUUGUAAAUAUACGGUAGGACUCUUUUUGUACGAGCCAAGCGAAUUUCUAUUCGAAGCAGGAAAAAAUAUCGAGUGUGAUGAAAUGUUUCAGUGGAAAUCUAUUUACAGAUUACAGAUGUGAAUAAAUUGGAAGCGAUUUUAAAACCAGAAAGCCAGACGAAUAAAUACUUUUAGUCAAAAUCGUUUGUUAGGACAGACCAAUAGUUGCAUUUUACGCUUGAAUAAUAAGCAUUAAGUAUCGCAGAAUUUACCAUUAAACAAAAAUGUGUAAAAUUAUAUCUUGUCACAUGCAACACGCUUGCAAACAAAACACACACACACAAAGUUAGGCACGGAAGUAUGAUCUCAACUUGCGUGAUAAAUCCCCAAAAGUUCGAUGAUGUAUUUUGUAGCAGCGCUGCGUUCUGCUGUUUACAGAAGCUAAAAUUCGAAAGACCUAUCAUAUCGUCUGUAAGGACCUCUAUAAAUCCAAUCACUAUAUCAGGUAUGCAGUACUAUGUAAAACUCACUCACUAAAAGGCACCAGAGGCAUUCAUGGAACGGUUUCAAAUUCAUAGCAUCAUUCAUCGUUCGGUUGCUCGUGUUUCCGCUCUAUCUGGUUCCGGUGUGCGGAAUAUAUCCACUGUCGUGCUAAUGAACUACUGCUGACCCUCUACAGACACACUCUCCAUAUCUCUAACGCUAUGGACUGCGGAUCAGAAGAUAACAGCAAAAAUUAGCAUGUCGAAUUUAAAUAAAAUCCUUAACUUGUACCGACUGUUUGUGCUGAAUGAAAAUUACAGAACGUCGAGGUUUGGUUCUCGAUUCCAAAAUAUUUGAAGUUUGAUUUUGAGCGAUGUUUGGUCUCUGUUCGCAUCGCUUGAUACUGAUUACAUUUUCAUCAUGUGCGACCUGUUUUAUUCAUAUUAUUUAUUAUGAUUCACUGAUGUUUGCACUUUUGCUUCGAGCUCGAGAAGCGCUUUGAGGUCAACAUUUGAGUUUAUGACGAAAAGUUUGUUUUUUAUUCUUUUACCGACUGAAAACCAGAGAUCGAAAUGCUGCUGAAUAUUUGUUCACAUUUUCCCAUUUUUUUUCACAUAUUAGUUCAACCAGAUAUUUUUUUCAGGAUUUUUCUUUCUUCUGUAUUUUUUUGUCGUAGCACUAGUGCUUUGCACUAGUGGAUGGAAUAGUAGAAAAAGUGUACCAAAAAUGCUCUUAUUACAUUAGCUUCAGCCACUAAACCAACGCCCACUUUUCCCUUUUUACCAAAUUGUUUAUCAAACUGAAAAUUAAAUGAAUUAUGCCUAAUUUUCCGUUUUCUUCAGGAGCAGAACAGCUUGGAUAUUUGGCAGAGCACUUCCCUAGACAAUAGUGACGCCGUGUAAAAACUUGUUCAAUUUCUCGUCAUUGGGAAUUGCCAACUCUAGAUGACGUAGGAUGAUUCUCGUUUUUUUAUUAUCUCUAGCAGUGUUCCUCAUCAAUUCCAAGAAACAAAUAACCACUUACCAAUUCGUUGGUGGAGAUAAGUGAAUGAUUUUUUUUGUAUUUUGAAAGAGGUAUACUAAACAAAGAAAUGGUUUACAAAAAUGUCAACAACUCAACAAGUACACAGCACGGCGAAGACGAUAGAAUGGAGGAAUCCAAAUAGGGGAUGCACGGCAUUACACACUGUUACCAGGAGAGCCAGCCAAGCAUGCUGGGUCCGAAGCUAUAGAUAAAAGUAAAUUGGUUCAUUGUUCUUGCCAAGAACAAAUACAAUUAUAAAACUUUCUUGAAGCAAUGUUGAAUUUUCUUAUCUUGCCAAUUAUGAAAUGUGUGACCGCAUUUCUAUAUUUAUUCCAAGCGAUUAAAAAAAAGUUGUCUUAAGUGUCUUCAAAGUAGAAUUGUUUCUCACUAAAUGCGAUCAAAGUCUGAUUAUCGUGCUAGUUUGAAUUAUGCAAAUUGUUUUUUGCUGUGGUUGAGUCAUUUAGUAAUGUGUAACAUAGAUUUAACAUAAUGCCCAGCAACUCCUAUCGCUACCUCCAGGUGGAGCAACCAAGGGAAGAUCGGUGAACCGGUGGGAACUUGGUCGUAUACUGAUAGGAAAGGGAGAGCAGCUUACCUGAGCGUUUGUUCCCCAGGUUAGGGGUAGGGUUUGCAAUAUUCCCGAGAAUAGAUUUCCCGGGAAACGGGAAUAAAAAAUCUGAUUUCCCGGGAAUUCCCGGGAACCGGGAAAGGAAAAAAUCCUUAGUAAAAAUGAGAUUUCAAAUAAAGUUUAUUAAUAAAAAGUUUCAAAAAAACGUUUACAAUUUAAUUAUGAAUUGAAGAACAAAAUUUAUUCAAGUUCACUCCAAAAAUUCAUGAACAAUCGUCUAUUAAUCGCCUCAGUUCCGCUAACAAUUUUUCGUUAGGCCCAAAUAAUGUAGUUCCCUUCUGUAAAACUUUGCUUAAGAUCGCUGAAUCACCGCUGGUGUCUGAUAUCUAAAAUACUUCUAAAUCACCGAUUUCAGCUCUUGCUAAAUUUCAUUAGAAACUGAAGAGUCCAAUACUAUUAGUUUGUUGAAGAUAGAGCUGAGCGUUUGGCAGCCAGAUUUUAGAGCAUUUGAAUGCCUUCGUAAUUAAUGUGAAAUCGCGGCCACGACCCAAGUUACACUGGUCGCAUUGAUUUACGGGUUUCAAUUUUUUUUUAUCAAUGUACAGGUUUCAAAAUUUUUGUCAAUAAACAAAGAAAAAAUUAAGCAACUAUCCGCUUAGUAGUAAACUCACUAGCGAAAAAAGACAUGAGACGAAGAAAAUAUUUCUUAAUUUAUCGUUUACUAAAUAAGACAGCAUUUAUUUUUUUUAAAUAAAUUAAGCUAACAAUUUGAUAUUACACGGCAAGCAAAUAUUGAUCGUAGUUUCAAGCAAAUAUUUGCUGCGUAUAAUGUACACUAUUAAGCCGCCCUUCACUUCUACGACGUAAGUUUCGUGUUUUGAUACGAUAUUUAGUUUUAUUGCAAUAUUGUAUGGAAAAUUUUCCGAGGAGCUCGGGAAUCCCGGGAUCCCGGGAAUCAAUAUUCCUAUUCCCGGGAUCCGGGAAUCCCGGGAAAAGGCAAUCGAGAAAUCGUUCCCGGGAUUGCAAACCCUAGUUAGGGGCGGCUCAGAAAGCGACUGAUCCGGAGCGGACGGCUGAACUAUGAAAUGCGGUGUUUCGCCAGCUACACCCAAUACGGCAGCCCCGUCGCGAGACUAGGCAUCGCAGCCCUAAUAUUGCAGCAUGCUGAAAUAAACAUACUACGAACAAUCGAAAGAAUGAUACGAAUCGGAAAAAUCGGUAUAGACCUGGGCAAACGAAAAAGGACAACGAUUGGAAACAUGACACUUGGAAUGUUAGGGUUCUGCUCGAACCGACACGCGCGGGAAUCUUGGCCAGAGUGCUACGAGAGGCAAAAGUGGAGUUAGCAGCCAUACAAGAGGUGCGUUGGCCUAAAACCGAAGAACGUGAAUUCCGGGCGGUUGAUCCGACCACGGGCACUUCUUUCAAGUAUCACAUCUACUAUACUGGCGACAGAGCGGAAUGGGGCGUUGGUUUCGUGCUACUUGGAAACUAAAUGAAGCGUGUUAUUAGGUGGAGGCCUAUUAAUGACCGUCUAUGCGUAUUGAGGAUCACGGGCAGAUUCUUCAAUUACAGCCUUAUCAACGAGUACCCGCCGACAAACGAUAAAACCGAUGACGUAAAGGAGAAGUUCUAUGAGCUUCUUGAAAAAACGUAUGGAGAAUGCCCACAGCACGAUAUAAAGAUCGUCAUCGGAGAUGCGAACGCACAGGUCGGAGGAUAGGAGUUCUUUCGUCCCGUUAUUGGUAGAGAAAGCCUUCACUCUACCACCAACGACAAAGGCUUGAGGUUAGUGAACUUCGCCGCGGCCAGGGGAAUUGCCAUCUGUAGUACCCAUUUUUAUACAUUUUUUUUUAUAACAUAAAUCGAAAUUUACACAUGUUUGUGAUGCAGACUGUCUGGAUGGCAUGUUACCCGAAGAAAGUUUUCUGAAAAUCCCUCGAGUUUUGGCAUAAAUUGAGUUAGUAUAAUGGGUGAUCCUCUAUAGAAAAAAGGCCCAUUAUAGGUAUAACCCUUUCCGACCGGGCCUAUAUAAUUGCGUAGGUGAAAGGCGACUCAUACAAAACCUUCUCUCGCUUUUUGAGCGUCCUAUUCAUUGUUUUAUAGUUCACAACGCUAGUGUCAACAUUUCAGCUGCUACGAAAAAUAAAAAACCGGAGCAAGCAAGUGUUUUUACAUAGGAGUUGUUCCUCCCCUAGUUGUUUUUCAUCUACACAAUUGUGUGGGCUUGGUCGGAAAGGGAGAGAGACAGAGAAAGAGAGAGAGAAAAAGAGAUAGAAAGAAAAAGAAAGAGAGGGAGGGAGAGAGGAGAGAAAUAAAGAAAGAGAGCGAGAGAGAGAGAGAAAUAGAAAGAGAAAGAUAGAGAGAGAGAGAGAAUGAGAGAGAGAAAUAGUAAGAGAGAGAGAUAUAGAGAGAGAGUGAGAGAGAUAGAGAAAGAGUGAGAGAGAGAUAGAGAGAGAGAUAGAGAGAGAAUGAGAGAGAGAUACAGAGAGAUAAUUAGAGAGAGAGUGAGAGAUAGAUAAAGAGAGAGAGUGAGACAGACUGUCUAGUAUAUAGUGUAUAACCUAUAGUGGAUCCCUUUCCUAUAGUGUACAGGCAUGUAGAGGGAAGAGUAAAAUUAAAAAAAUCAGUCACUGACCAGACCACGGUGACAACGUAACCUUUCUUUUCGUUUCUUGUCGUUAGAGAUGCAGAAAUAAACUCGAUCUCUGGUAACAACGAUCGUGAUACUUCUUUCUUUUCUUCCCAAACUGACCGUAAGUACGUUGCCGGACCUUAAUCGAUCUUUACAAAGCGGAAGCUGCUGAAUUGUUGUUCAUUGAAGUUGGUAAAUUUAUCCCAAAUAGCCAUAUAAAUGCGGUACAUUGUUUAUAAACUCAAUCCCAAAGCAAAAAAACAAAGCUUUGGUGCUUCAUUCCGUAUCGGAACUCGACCUUCUGUUUCUUAUACACAGACUUGGCAGCCAACUGUUAAAUGUACAGGACAAUUCCGGGGCUAGCGCCACGAUACUACUGACACUAACAGCCUCUCCCGACCCGGGAUUCGAAUACACGACAACUGCCUUGUUAGGCCAGCAUCGCCACCUCUAGACCGGCGGGGAUUAAAAUCCAAAGCACAGCAAUGAAAAACGCAUAUGGUUUAGUCAAACGUUUUUGCUUUUAACUAUGACUCAACUGGUUUUAUUCAUAUGCAAUAGUUUUCACGUUACUGGUACUGUCAUAAUUAAAUUCCGUGGUAACGAUGAAUGGUAAUUGCUGUUUCGGUUAAAAACGUUGUAGUCUGGGGUGAGUCCCAAACGGCUCACGAAAAUGAACCACGGUUUGAGCGCCCCAAAACAAAUCAACCGACUGAAACCGAAGUUUACCGAAACAUUACGUUUGUUUUUUUUUUCAUAUGAUCCUAUUCUGAUUCCGAUCUAUGUAAACGUAUCCAUAAUAUAUGAAUCAUGCGUUAUGCAUCCCACAUUAUUUGUUGUGCGAAAUCAGAACAUGAGUUGUGUAUAAUUAGAAGACACUUGACCUUUAAGACUUGACCUUUUCUGUGUUCCGUUAAUUUUGCCUUCAAAUUAGUAUAACUUACCAUCCAUUGAUCACUUGUUGACUUAUUUCGAACGUCCUUCAAGACCAAAUAAUGUUGAGAAUUUCAAGCCAGCAUCGAAAAGCUUUGUGACUUUGUACUUGCGUUGUGUUUAAUCGCUUUCCUAGAUCAUGCUAGCGUCAAAUAAUCAUUGCAUGUUUUGGCAAAAGGCUAUUUCUUUUACUAUCUCUCUCUCUCUCUCUUACACACACACACACAAACACACACACACACACACACACACGUAAACAUGUACACAUAUUAGUGCUUAUUACGGGAGUCACUUCACGGUGAAACAUAUUUCACUCUCACGCUCACUCCACUUUUUGAGACCUAUUCCCGAUUCCACCUCAAGUGAGGUGACAAAAAUCACCUCCACGAAGUGAAGUGAAAAGUGGUAAGUUCCCAGUUCAAUGUCCUAGUCCCGGAAAGUCGAUUGAGCUGAAAUUUUGUAUGAGGACAUAUUUCGACAAGAGGAAACUUUUGAGCCUUACCGCUAAACGAAAUUCGAAGGUCAAUUUUUCCUUUAUGUUUCAUUGCACAGUGGUCCAGGAAUGCAAUCUAGUAGAAGAAAAUUAAUAACUCCGGAUCGUGUUGGUUUUUUGAGAUAGUGAUUUUGGCAAUGUUUAUUAGAAUAAUAAAAGAAUAUUUUUGUAUGAAAAUAUUUGUACUAAACGUGUACUAAAUUAGUACUAAAUUUUUUUUUGUCUUCAUUUUUUCAAUUUAGAAGGAUGGUUUCUUCUACAAAGCUGUUCAUUAGUUGUUCAUUUCAUAUUAUUGGCUAAUAAACAACUUUGUAGAAGAAACCAUCCUUCUAAAUUGAAAAAAUGAAGACAAAAAAUAAUUAGUACUAAUUUAGUACACGUUUGGUACAAAUAUUUUCAUACAAAAAUAUUCCUUUAUUAUUCCUAUAAACAUUGCCAAAAUCACUAUCUCAAAAAACCAACACGAUCCGGAGUUAUUAAUUUUGUUCCGCUAGAUUGCAUUCCUGGACCACUGUGCAUUGGCCGCAGCUCAAAAGUUUGUAAGUCCCAGCGAGUAGAUUUUUUUCAAAAAAAAAAAAAUCGCCUUGUUACUGGAAAAUAAAUUCCAUGUACAUUAUCAGUAGAUCACAAGUCAAUCGAUUUUAAAACUUCCCUUUCUUCGUGAAAUCAUUCCACCGUACAAAAUGGUCGUGAAAUAAUUCCACGCGAAUCGUCGCUUUUUCCGUUUUUACUUCACUGAUAUGACACUCAUAAUAACCCAGAUUUCACGGUAGAUUUCACUUUGCGACGUUUCUCUCACUUACAUGAGUCCCGUAAUAGGACUUUAUUCAUUUCACUCUGAUUUCACCGUGAAUUGACUGCCGUAAUAAGCACCAUUAUCUAUAUCGUUACCACAUCAUAUCAAUGUUUUUAUGUUUUUAUAAAUGAUUAGAAAUGGCCAGAAAAUUCAAAAAUUUCUCAAACUUCUUUAUUCAAGUAUCCCCCGAUAGAAAAUUUUCAAACUAGUUUUAUAUGUAAGCUUAGACCCAAAACUAAUUUUCGGCGAAGAGAAACCCGAAUACUAUGCCACGAUUUUAACCAACGAUAGUCAACUCAUAGGCUUCACGGAAAAUCGUUCCAAAACCGUGAUCCAGUUCUAAAUAGCGUGGAAACAAGAAGUCUUGUACAAGUGCAUUGUACAGCUCCAACUGAACUGCACGAAGAUAUUGGUCAAAAGUUCACGGUAAACCAUCUUCAGAAUCUUCCGGUUUCGACUGUGUAUAAUUUCCUGCGAACCUUAACAACGAUUCAUCAGGAUGGUCGCGGAUGUCCGGCCAACGUGAUGGACGAAAAUAACUUGGUUCUUCUUGUCAAAAUCAUGGUUCCAACCCAGUGCGUGGUUUGGCUGUCAAUCAAGAAGUAUACCAGAACGAAAGUUUUAAGAUAAUUUGGUCUUCCUAUUUGACCAGAUAAAGCAUCAUGACAUAACGGCAAAAACACAAACGUUCCCCAACAACAAACCCGAACCAUUUGAGCCGUUGAGAGCAAAAGUGGUACAUGUGCCAUCAAGUAAAUUUUUCAGGAGAAGCGAUAAACGAAAACACUCAAAUAGUGAAUUAUUUUCAACAUUUUUUUCCAACAUAACUGCACUAAAACAUUGCUGGAAAGGUUUCAAAAGACGGUACAUGAAAGCAUAACGAGUUCCGGUUGAGAAACGUACACAAACUUCAAUGGAAAAACAUGUACCACUUUUGUGCUAUGGGAAAAAUAAUGACAACCAGAAAACGUUGAGAGCAAAAGUGGUACAUGUCCAGUGUGAGCAUGAAGGGUGCAUUAUAGCUCUCUAAUCUUAGGAUAUAGAAAAUUCAUGUCUUCAGCAGAGCUGUCCAAGUGAUUGAGUACUAUAGAAUGAUGAUCUGUUUGUUAAGGAAUUCUACCUUUUCGUGGCGCUAGUAUAUAUGUAUUUGGUAACUGCAUAUGAGUUGAUACUGAAAAAGGUAAAAUGCUUUCUGUUACAAAAUAGUUACGGGCACACUAGCGCCACGUAGUGAGGAAAUUCCAAGCAGACAGAUCUUCAUCUGAAAGUACUCUGAUUGACCAACUUUGCUGAAAACAUGAUUGUUUUAUGUGUUAGAAUCCUCGACUUACAAUUCAUCUAACAUGCACAGACUGGACAUGUAGCACUUUUGCUCUCAACGAAAUGGUUAUUAUGUUAAUUAUCGAAAAUUGUUUUGGCUAUAACUUUGGUUUAGGUUAUCAGAUCUCGAUUUUUCUUGGAUAUUCUAGUACAUUACUGCGUUCUGCAUCAAUUUAUGCCAAAAACCCAAAAAGUGUAAAAAUGGCACAUGUACCACUUUUGCUCUCAACGGCUCAUUUGUACCAAUAAACGAAACCUAACUAUUCUGCAGCAGUAUCUUCCAAUCGAAGGUUUUCUUGGAAAUUCAGGUUCCUUGGUGUACGAAAACAACUGGAGAUCGACGAACUGCAAACAGUUGAUUGGUAGAAUGAAGAGAUGUAUUUUGAAGUAGAAUACUUCUUUCAGGAAGUUCGGCUACAUAGGGAUGUGAAAUGAAAAUCUAAAACCGAAGAAAGUGAAAAAUAUGUCCAAUUUCAAAUGCUAAUAAAUCGGUUAGUAUUCGAUGGAUUUUCUUCGUUCUUGCAGCAAUAGAUUGGAAAAUCUUCUAAGAUUCAUCCCAAAAUAAGAUAAUUGUAAUUCUAUUAUUAACACUAUUGUACUAUUGAAAAUAGUCAAGCCUUGUUAAAACGAAAAAUUCGAUCUCUGAUUGGUAGUUAUAUGAUUGCUUCCCAAGCACGGUCGACAUAAUCAUAUACCUUGCAAUUGAAAACAUGCUAUUUGGCCUAUAUAAGAGCCUCAGUUUCAGCCGAAGCCGCUCAUAAUAGUUCUAGACAGCGACAACAGCAGUCGUCCUUCCUUAGCAGCAGCACUAGCUCUGUGGUUGGUCACCACGUCUCAGGAGCAGCGCGGUUUUUCUCAGCGUGUGUCGCCAGACUGCCAUUAUUCCCCCUGUGUUGGGGCAGCAUGAAGAUUGCAUUGAAUUGAAUUUACGACAACACAAACAAGCGUUCUGUGUUGGAUCCUAGCAAUUUAAAUCUGUCGCGCCCGUCUAAUUCACUGAAUGUGAAAUAGCUUCCACAGUGCAUGUUGUCCGUGUAUCUUAAUUCCCCCAUUGUUAGGGCAGCUCAAAGGCUGCGAUCAGCAACCGAUUUUGAACCGCAAAAUGCCUUUUUGAAGACAAAUAAACAAGUAAUUGAAGGUUAAUAAUUUUCUGGUAUCAACACAAGCAGACAUUCUGUGCGGGAUGCAAUCAAAUUCUGUUGCAGUUGUAUAAUUUUAACUUUAUUGAGGUAACCCCCCACUGUAAGGGCAGCGCAAAGGCUGUGAUCAGCAUAAGCGAUUUUGAAUAACAAACUGCCCUAUUAGAACACCCUCACUAAAGCAGUUAGUUCGACUAUGCAGAGCUAAUGUGAAGUCGAUUCAAUCAAUCAGCAUGAACAAAAUUUCGUCGUCUCCCAGCUGCUAAGUUGCAACAUGAUGCAACACGCAGCAGCGAGCAAACGAAAUCGCUUGAUGUUACAAGCCGCAAUACGGUUAGGGGUUAAAUAAAGUAUUCUACUUCAACCUUGCGGUCGUGGCUUUGCACACAACCCUCCUGUGAUUUUUUUUCAUCUAAAUUUCAGUCAUAGGGAGAAAGUUGGAACGAUUUGAAACGCGCCUUACGGUAAUUAUUUCGAAAUUGUAUGUUUCAAUAAAUUAUUUUGCCGAGAUAAGAAUUUCUGAGAAACUACUUGGUAAAGUCGAUACUUUCUGUAUCUUUAAAUGUUUGCUAUUAACGUUGUUAGUCCUUGAACGUUGAUUUCGUUAUAAAAAUGACAAUGUAUGUAUUUUACGCAAAUACGAUAAAUUGACGAGUGCUGUGGAUGUGACUUAGGCUUAGAAAAACCAAACCUCCUUCAGACGGGACUCGAAGCCGCAAUCCUACUGCAUUGUGUUUUUACUCUUUGAACUACUGGGACGAUAUAUUUAUGAAGAAGGAAAAAUUUAGAGGUAGCUUAUACUAACACAAUAUCUACCUUGGUUGAUUCUCAAAAAUUUUGUUUUUCCUUUCGCCGUUUCUAAAAUUUUGUUUAUGUUUUUGGACCAUAACUUGAGAAUUAGUUUUCGAUUAGAUUAGGUACUCAACGAUUUGGUUGUUUUCAGUAAUGAAAUGCCCAACGCAUGCAGAGAAAAUUUACAAAAUGAUCAGUUUGGAUUUAUAUUCUGAGGUUUUAUAAAAGCAACUGUUACUUAAUCUUCUUUUCUCCUCGUUAUGUAAUACUAGUUAUUUGUUCUCCCUCAUUUACUAUGUAACAAUUUGUAUCAACCGAUACUUCUGUUACCUCUCAGACAGUUACUAGUAGAUGUUCCAUUUGACGUCUACUAAAUUUUUUUAAAUGUAUUAUCAUUUUUUUGAACCCAUCAUUUAUUAGACACGGCAUAAUUUUUUUGUAAAAAUUAUCCAGAACUGAGAUAUUUGUACUGUUUUCACUUUGAUAUCCAACAUUUCACCCUGCAAUUUGCGAACUGUUUCUGUUGAAUAAAACAAAUGUGAGACAAUUGAAAACGUAAAUGUUGUUACUCGACCGGAUAAUACAGUAACUUCGCAAUCACUGUUCUGCCCGUCCCUAACGAACCAGAUAGAGAAGGAUGCAGAAGCUCUUAAAAACUCCCAUCAUUCCCAGUAGUACGACCGACGCAAGAAAACCACAAGUAUCGCCAUUCAUCAACUAACGACGAGUCAAGUCAAGUAAAUUGCAUUUUGUAAUUCCAAAUUGAUCGGUACGCUAAGCGGCUCUAGUCGAGUCGAAUCUGUUGCAAGGAUCUGUUGUCAGGCAGGAUAUCUCCGACUCACACGGUUCGGUUCUCCUGUGGGCGCAAUUGCAUAUUCAAUAUUAUGGUGAUACGUAGAAAGAUUGUCAAGUACGAGGACGUAUGCGAGAAGUAGAAUUGAUUGGAGUGGUUGUCAAGCAGUACGCUCGGGUGCAUGCAUGAAAAAGCGGAAACAGUCAAAACCGGAAGAGAGACAAAAUAGGAAAAAAGUGUUUGCAAGAAAUAAUGCAUACUGGCAGAACAAAUGAAGAGAUGAUAAAAUGUGAAGUGGGUAAAACAAGCUGCCACGUGAAACACGACUAAAAUUUUGUGAUGAUUUACGUGGAUGCUGGUUAAUACGAAUAGGUUGAAUAAUUAAUUGAGUUGGAAACUGUCGAAUGUUUUAAUACAGCUUUUUAGAGUACAUCACAGUCAGAAAAGCACAAAACAAUCCAAUUUACAAAUAGUUCACUCCACAGUUCACAGUUCACAGUAACCAAAACAUUUCAUUCAAUUAAACCUCGACAGGUUCAAUUAAUUCCAUUGCCGCUCAAAGUAAACUAAAAUUUGGAACAAAUUGGAAAAUAGCCGCUCCAAAAUUGAGCAUGGAUUAAAUAUUUAAAUCGAACAUCACCUCGAAGCAAAUCAGUCGCCGACAGGACAUGGGUGAUAGCAUGAAAAAAUCUGUCUGCCAGAAUUAAGUUUAAUCCUAUUCUAGUGCACAGCAGCAUAAAACGUCCCCGAUUGCCUCCGAAUGGCAGCAGCAGCAUCAGCGGUGUAUUCUCGUCGUUCCAUUCAAAAGUGAUAAAAUCCAUUACCGCGCUCCAUAUCCGGUGUAAUGCACCCAGGACCCUGCUUUUCAGACCAAUAAAAGUGCGAUAAAGCUUGUGUCGCUCACCCUUCUGGUGGUCGCAUUCGAGGAAGUAUAAAUGUAUAUAAACCCCAUAGACAGUGACACUUGGUAACAUGAUAACCACCCUCUAACGAAAAUCCGGCUCGCUAUCCAGCAUCCAGUCAAUAUUUUACCCGCCCAGUCGCUACAAAAGGUGCCAAUCGAAAGGCACAACGAGACUGAAAAGAGGUCGGUACAACUGGCGCUGUUAAAAUAAUAAUUAUCCGUUUUUGUUAGCUGCCAAUGAUACAGGUACAGGACAGUAUGCAAAAAAAAAAAAGAAAAACCGUGCGAUGGAAUGCAAGCAAUGCUUUUUGCACUGUAAUUUUCUCAUUGACUAUCUCUCUCUUUCCCUCCCUUUCGCGCUCUUUUUUGCAACAGGGGAGUACACCCAUUAUGCGUAGACAAGUAUAGUGAUGUAAUAUAAUAUUUCGAAAUAAAACACAGCAAUGUAGAUAAAUUUGGUAUUGUUUUUGGA